AUGGGUCGUGCUGUACACACAAUCGUAUCCCGUCGCGCCACCCCCAACGCAUCACCCCUUGCGCCGCGCACACUCACUGGUGAUCAUGUCUAUGUAUACAGCAAGGGAAGCAGCGCUACUCAAGUCUCUCCGGUUUGUGUCAACGCUGAUACAUGGAUCGAAGGCGUCGUCGUGGCUAUUUCCGACGGUUCUUCCCCCGGCGAUAUAUUUAAGUGCUAUGUGGAGUAUCCCAUGGAUCGAGCGAUCUGUAGGAGCUGGUUCGUGAGGGAGGAUGCCAAGCCAAAUAUAGCGAAACACUCACAACGCGCCUUCCCUGCUAAUAUUCGAUGGGGCCCUUCCUUUGGAACCCAGGACGCACUUACGCAAGGUUGGCACCAGCCCUCAUCCGCGACGGGGCGGUCCGUGCGUUCGGAGAUGCAUGUGAGAUCUGUGGAAAUUAAGGCUGUGAGCUUGAAUCGCUCUGGAAGCUCGAGACACCCACGCAAACCCCACCGCGGACACCAUGAGCGUCACCUGUUAUCCCUCUACUGCUCCCACCUCAUUUAG